AAAAAAAAAAAAAAAAAAAACAAUGGUCAAGGGCGAAUCGACAUUUCAGGCAUUAUCGAACUGCUCUAUCCCCUAAUGCGGUGAAGUUUGAAAAGAAAUGCGUCUUCCGCCAAUCAUUGCCAUACGUUAUCUUUGACAUUUCCUAGCGUCCAGUGUUGGUUUAGAUUAUCCAUUCCCUUUCAUUUUGCUUUCCUUAGGGAUUACAAGGAUGGCGGUAUCUCCUUUGGUUUCCCACUCGCUCUCUGCAGCAAGUUCUUCUCCGACCAAGUUAAGGGCUGCGAUUGUCCAGAGCUCAGUGAAGCCCGAGAACACAUCUUCACAUCAGCCCUUGCAAAACACGGAUCGUGAGCUUACAGAGCAACUAAAUGACGAAGUAAGACAGAAGUAUGUUAAAGACAAGAGGCUUGGUGAGGGUACUUACGCCGUUGUAUUCCUCGGCCGUCUCCAAACAGAUCCAUCGUCAUUUGUCGCUAUAAAGAAGAUCAAGGUCAAUGCCGAAUACAAAGAUGGGCUAUCCAUGGAUGCCAUCCGCGAAGUCAAAUAUCUGCAGGAACUCUCUCAUCCCAACAUCAUUGCGCUGCACGAUGUCUUCUCUUCCAAGGACCAGAACCUUAAUUUGGUCCUAGAAUUUCUGCCACUUGGCGAUCUUGAGAUGUUGAUUAAAGAUGGUAAUGUCCAUUAUGGUGCCGCCGAUAUCAAGGCGUGGAUGGGAAUGCUCGCUCGAGGCGUCUGGUUUUGCCAUGAAAACUUUAUAUUGCAUCGAGAUAUCAAGCCAAAUAACCUUCUGAUUGCGUCUGAUGGCGAAGUCAAACUCGCAGAUUUUGGUCUGGCCAGGUCCUUUGCCGACCCUUAUAUGAACAUGACGCACCAAGUUAUCACACGUUGGUAUCGACCUCCCGAAUUGUUUUACGGUGCCCGGCAAUACUCUGGUGUCGUUGAUGUUUGGUCUAUGGGAAUGGUUUUCGCGGAACUUCUUCUCCGAGUCCCCUUUGUCGCCGGAAACACUGAUCUCGAUCAAAUCAGCAAGAUAUGUGAAGCCUUUGGUACGCCUACUGAAGAGAACUGGCCGGGUGUCACGAAAUUACCAAACUAUAUUCCUCCCGACAGGAAUCACUUUGUCCCGACUCAGGGACGAGACUUCUUCCUUCGUCAAUUUCCGAAUGCCGGCCCAGUCGGUGCCGAUUUGCUCAUGUCCAUGUGUACGCUGGAUCCCAGGAAACGGAAAACCGCACGCGAAGUCUUACAGCAUAACUGGUGGACCACUGAACCGCGGCCGACAGACAAACAUAAUCUUCCCCAGAAAUCCGGAGGCACUAAGAAAAUGGGCGAUGAUCUUACAAGGCGUGGCGGGGAGAUUGAUGAAAAUGCAUUCAAGAAUGCUGCUCGCAAAUUGGACUUUUCUGCAAUGUAACGGCGCUAGGAGGGGACAUCAUGCUUCCAAGAGUUUGGAUAGAUAGUCGUAAUCCAAUCAUAAUAGAAGAUUCUUGGGACUUGUACAGAGCAGACCGAGACUAAAAACAGUUGUAAGAUAUGGUUUGAGAGUUUGCAAGGCAU